AUGGAUCUUUCAUUGCAAUCAGCUGCUGAGGCCUUUUCGUAUCGCCACAAGAAGUUCGACAAGCGUAAGCGUUCCCGUGAUGAAGAAGCAGAACAAGAAAUCGAGCAAGUCAUCACUCCGCGUAGUACAUUAACUGGUCCCGUUGCGCUCCACCCUGCACCAUUUUACGGCGCUGAGCGAGUUUCCACACCUCUCUCCACCGACUCCAACUGUUCCUCGGACUAUGCCGGCUUUGUGGCACGCUUUAACGCGUCUAGCACGCCCAGCAGCAAAAGACGUCGCCUACUAUCGGGUGGACCAUCUUCCAGCAAUCCCAGCGAGGAUAGUGGCAUCGCGGUGACACCCCAAAAGCAAACCAUUACAGCUCAGCAGCUACCAAGACAGCUGAAACGUACAUUUAAGCCGUCGGCGCUCGCAGACCCGCCUGCCAAGGCGCAGAAGACCGCCUUACAGCGCGUCGAAACAAAUUCACCAGCGAAAAGCACAAAUGCUGCACUGAAGCGCGCCAGAAUUACCACCAACAUUAACAUACCGCAUGCGCCUAUCACCACCACAAUCAAAACCGCUACAAAACUCGACGUCAACAGCAUUAAAGCAGCCGUAAAACCAACAGCCGUCGGCACAUUGGAGUUGUCCCCGGCAAGCGCCGAUGCAAACAGCCUUGCCGCUAAGCGUGCACUGUCUCUGCCCUCCGCCACUGUAUUGUCGCGCAUCAGCGAAGAUAAACUGCGCAGCAUUUGCUCCUACCAUGGCAAUAUGGUGCGCCAGUUUCCGAAGAAAGAGCGCUCGCCAAAGGAUCAGGAGCGUCGCAAUAAAAAUACCAUUGCUUGCCGCAUAAGCCGGCGACUGAAAAAGUUGGAGCAAAUUGCUGUCGAAGAGCAGUGCAAGGAGUUCGAGAAAUUAAAUUUUGAUAUGUUGGAGGAGCAGCUGCGUGGCAAUGCGCUUCUGCAGCAGUUGCAUCAGCUCGAACAAUUAACGGAUGCGCUAACGGAUGCCAACGGUGGUGGUGGUUCGGAGGAAGAGCCGGAAAUCGAUGUGGUGGGCGUAGAGGACAACUGCCGCGCGCAAGCGAGGGAACACUGGAAUCGCAGCAGUGGCGCAGGCGUAGUACAAAGCAAACUAAUGCCAGUAGUGCCCCCGACGCUGACGGUGCCCUCACUAGCCAAUGCAUUCUCCAUUGCCUACUUAAUGGGAUCAAAUGCGAACAAAAAUCUUGCUAGAGAACCAAACGAGAACAAAAGUUUUGAGAAUUUUACGUUAAGAAUGAGAGGAUAG